UGUUGAUCUAAAUGGCGCUUUGUCCUUCCUAAUCAGGUGACCUUCUAAAAAACAAUAAGAAUCUAUCCAUUUGGACUAUAGAAUGGCUAGAAAUUCCUUGAACGUGAUCUUUCUUUUAUUAAUAUGGUCCUUCUUCAGCAGCCCACCAUUUUCUCUUUCAGUUUUCAUGAGACCAGAAGAGGCGAGCCAAGUUCUGAGGAUUCAUAAACGUGCCUACCAAUUCCUGGAGGAAAUUCGCCCAGGAGAUCUGGAGAGAGAAUGCAUCGAAGAAAAGUGUUCUUUUGAGGAGGCAAAAGAGAUUUUCAAAUCACAAGAGAAAACAAUGGAGUUCUGGUUUGAUUACAAAGAUUUAAACCCAUGCAAAGAGAAUCCCUGUAGGAAUGGUGGAGUCUGCAAAGUGAAGUACUACCAACAUUUCUGCCUUUGUCCUCCAAGAUUUGCAGGAAAUGAGUGUGAAAUAGAGAAGUCAGAAUGCUGGUACAAGAAUGGCGACUGUGGGCAAUACUGCCAAGAUACUGAACAGUCUCUUCAUGUGACCUGCUCCUGUGCUUUGGGGUAUAUACUAAAUGAAGAUGGGAAGCAAUGUAUACCAAGAGAUCACUUUCCAUGUGGGUUAGUUAAAGAAUCUACACGUUCUUAUGAUGAAGGAUCGGAAGAAGGAUCUUUUGCGCACAACCAGACUAAUGUCUGGAUUAGGGAUGGGCUGCACCAAACAAUGUCUCAAGAGAACUUGACCAGUUGGAACCAGACAUUCAUUCAGGCCUUUGAAGAAUGGAACCAGACUGCCACAGAGGAAGAGAAUGAGGAACAUGACCUUAAAGACACAGAUAGGAACCUCACAGAAGCAGAUCUACACAGUUGGCACAACAUAAAUUACACUGAUGAAAAUGGUGACUCAAGGAUAAUUGGAGGUUCCUUCUGCCGCCCAGGAGACUGUCCCUGGCAGGUACUAAUCCAAAAUAAGAGAGGUUAUGGCUUUUGCGGGGGGAGCUUAAUCAGCAGUCAGUGGGUACUCACUGCAGCACACUGCCUUGAUACCGUUGCUCCUCAUCAGGUUACUGUUGGAGACUUUGACAAGCAUCAGAGAGAACGGGAUGAACAAAAAGUUAGAGUGCGUCAGUUCUGGCAGCAUCCCCAGUAUGAUCCAGACAACUUCAACAAUGACAUUGCCUUGAUUCAGCUGACCAGCAAUGUUGUUUUCAGCCAGAAUGUACUUUCUAUUUGCCUUCCCAACCCUAACCUGGCUACUUUAUUGACAGAAAAAGGCACAGUUGGAUUAGUGAGUGGAUGGGGCAGUACUCAUGUCAAGGGGCGGUCAACCCGCUUUCUCCUGAAAGUCAAGUUGCCUGUGGUAAGCUUGGAUACUUGCAGACAAGCCACAGAAAAACUCAUUACUGACAACAUGUUCUGUGCAGGUUAUCCUGAAGCAACUCAAGACUCUUGUAAAGGUGACAGCGGAGGGCCAUUUGCUGUUCGUUAUCGUAAUACUUGGUUUCUCCUAGGAGUUGUCAGCUGGGGGGAAGGUUGUGCUACAGCCGGAAAAUACGGGGCUUACACCCGUGUGUCCAAUUACAUUUCAUGGAUAAAAGAAAUCACUGAAAGUGUGACUGAUUCUGAAGGAUUUUUAGAUGGGUUAAAAUGAAAGCUAUUUUUCAUACAAAACAUACUAUUUGUAUCUUUAAUUUACUACCAUGUAUGCUGAGAUUUGUUUGCACUGUACUGAUUACACUGGAGCUCUGCUUUCUAUAUGCUGUUGUAAGUAGCUUCCACAGUAAAAAAUAACUCCUCACGAUGGUUUGCUAAAGCAGCUACUUCAGAGAAAGAUAUAACCUAGGAGUAGUUGGGGAUACCCCUCUCUUGACAAUAUGCCUGGCAUGAGUCAUAUUCAGUAGAAUUAAAAAGAACUUAAAAUUUCAACAAAACUUUUGUGUUGUGAUGAUCUUAUGAAAACAUUUUACCUCCUCAUCUGCAUCACCGUCCUAACCCAUAUAAUUUUGCUAACAAUGAAUGAGUCAUGAUUUAUUUUCAUUUCACUUUGCUGUUGGUUUUUUUUAAGGACAAUGUGAUGAAAUUUGUUCCAAUAGAGGCUAGAAAGUUACUCCAAGGAGCAAAUUAGCUGGAGAAAACAUCUCUGUCUUUUCAAAUAAUCAUCCUGUUUGUAGAUGGUCAGAAGUGUUCUUAUGGGCAUUUCAUGACUAACUAAAAUUUUAAUAAGAAGUUUCUUAAAUACCUUGGUAAAAUAAAUUAAAAUGAUUUUUUUAAAAAAUGAAUUACUUCUAGCAACAAUUAUUAUUAUCUGAACAGUGGACCGACCUAUACACUCAGCUCUAGAAACACUGGAGUGGAUAGAAUAAUUCUAGUAGGAUCUGGGAAUUUUAACAAACCCAGUUAUGAUCCCCACAAAUUAUGGACCAUCAAAAAAUUCACAGGUAGCUGGUUAUCAAGAACCCCCUCCCCCCCAGCUGUACAUACAUAAAUCUAUAAUUCCCGAAGCCUAAAU